AUGCCACCUCAAUCGUCACAUCACAGCUCCAGAUACGGACCUUUGGGAGGUCAUCAGAGUACAAGGAAGCCAGUCAACCAAAACUUACUAGAUUCUAUACCGUCCAUGGAUAAACUCGCAUAUUACGAUGCUCCCGCUUCCCCCUCUGCCUCAUCUUCUACUUCGUCCGAUGACUCAAUCACUCCUGCGCACCGCCAUAUUCUCACCAAUUCCGGUAACAAGCUCAACCCAUCUGCACGCUUGAUGCGUCGCGGUAAAGCUUUCGCUUGGGGUCCUCAAUAUGACGACGCGAAGGCGGACAAACUGGUUCGCAGACGACUCAAGCUGUGCCUAGAACAACUCUUACCUGAGGCGGCCACUGAAGUUGGGGUACAACCACCUCAGAACAUCCUUGACGCUGAAACGAAAAGGAAAAAUCGAAAGCGAAAAAGAGCGACUGAACCAGAUUUCGUAUUACCUCAUCUUCGAAGUCCAUCUCCUCCCAUGUCGACGACCAAACUAGCUCCCAUGCUCGCUUUACCUCGAUCUUACCUGGAUAUCUUGACUAGUCCUUCUAUGAGGCAUACUUUAGGUGACGACAGUAUGGAAACUGGACUUCAGCGCACUGCUGGAGAACUCCUCGAGGGCGAAAAGCCUCUCAUGCAGGCUUUAGGUAGAUUAAGGGAUGUCGUAAGGUUGCUACAAUCGGACGUUCCGUUGAUUCCCAAAACUGAACUCCAUCAUCUAAAUGGGGAAUCGGCACAAAUCAAUGGCGACGGAGAAGCACUUAAAUCUGAUCAACCCCAGAAUCCUGUUAUUCGAGAUCCAAAUCACGUCCCACCCCUUCCUCAUAUUUCCGAUACCGACAACUUGUGGCGGGUAACCCAAGAGCUGAUCGGUACACCUUCAAAUGGACCUCAAUCGUCACUUCCACCACCAUCAAUUACUUAUAUGGCUACACCGGCCGAAGUGGCUGGACCAUCAAUCCCCAAGGAACUUGAACCUACUCCGACCCCCUUACAAAGAUUAUUCACUCGUCCUGACGGGAUCACACUACGAGCUGUUCCCAAUCCUGCCCAUCCAGGAUUUCACUAUCCACCUGGACACAGCUUACACCCGCAGGUCAUCAAGUAUAACCUCGACAUGACCAACCAGUGCCGUGCAGUCGAUGACGCUCUGGAAAGGAUAGGCGAAUUGCUAGCUGACUGCAAUGAAUAUAAGGAGAGAUUGGAAGAAGCCAGAGGUCGCGUGGCUGAUGUGGCAAGAGUCAGGAAAAAGGUAUGGAGCGUGAUCAAAGAGAGAGGCGGUUGGGAAUUAGACCGUAAAGGUAUUGAACUAGAUCGUAAAGAGUCUUAA